UGACUGAGUUGGUUAAUUAGUUACUGAGACAAAACAGUUUAGCACUUUUCAUUCAGAAACAAAACAGAACAGCUUCAAUACUUUUUCAUGCAUAGCAUUAUAUUCCGACAAGGAAGUGCAAACGUGGGGUGUAUUAUUUCCAGUCUCUAACCCUUCCCUGUCUGACUGACAGGCGGAGCUGCGAUGACUUAUUCCGAACAAAGCUCCAUUUUUUUUCUUUUCUUGCAAACGCCUUCAGGUGCCUGAGUCACCGCGCGGCAUGCGGGCCUGGGAAAACGAGCCAAACUCGGGGGCGGCAGAUCACCCCAAAGACAGCUGAGUGCGGCUCUUACGAGAACCAACAUGCAUAGUCAGUGACGAGCGGAAAGAAUGAGAGGACUCGUGAUGGAACUGCGUUUAAGUGACACUUUGUUACUGCUUCGGAUUUAAGAUGAAUAAAGGGCGUUUUUUCAGCGUCUGGAUACUUUUCAUCGUUUUUUAUCCACAGUUUAUAAAGUCAAAGUGUGAUGUUUCAUGUCGGGCAGUUCGUCAAAACGAUAUCGAGCGGGGAGAGUGUCCAGUCAGGCUGACCUCGGAGGGGUUUAACAACUCUGACGGAUACUUUGAAAAUAUUACCUUUCGAGUUUGGAUGACAGUUAAAGAGUUAUGUGAAUGCCCCAAGAUUGAAAUUCAUGGAAGAUGUGCUCGCCUCAUCAGACCUAUCCUGAAAAAAGAAAGAGGGGAUUCAGAGUGGCCCAGUGGGAGACUUCGAUGUGAAAAUUAUGGCAGGACAGACAGAAAAUGCAGGUGUAACAAAAAGUUAUUACAAAAAGGAAAUUUUUCUCUGUGGGAGCUGGAGUAUAAUUGUUCCAAAGCUGAAGCUGGGUCUAAUGUUUCCCUCUCUUAUAUAACAAACUCAUCAAACUGCAGUGUUACUUACCAAGUAUCAGACCCCAGACCAAACUUCAGUGUGAAUGUCAAUGAAUCGUCUAGAACGAUUGCUGUGGCUGUGGAUUCUGCAGAAAAAGUCAACAGCAGGUUGUGCUACAAGCUAAAUUCUCUGUACUGCGUCCACGGAUCCGGGCUGCCUCUCAACCCACAAAUAGUUUCUAAAUCAGUUGUUUUCAACAUCUCUUUCCUGCUGCCCUGUCUGUGUGUGGAGGCUUAUUACACCUAUGGAGACGCAAGGAGACGAAAAAUCUGCCCUUUUGAAAAUGAAAGUCUGCUGGAUGCUGGAGAUAUUCUGCGCACAUCAGAAGUUAUUUUGUACACCUCUGAAAUUAAAUGGAGCUUUGAGUGUCCCGCCAAUGGUCUCAACCUCUCUGCCUCCCUCUGCUGGAAGCUUCAGGAACACUUCUGCAUACCUGUGCCCAACUCUGUUCUGAAGAAGACAGAUGAAGUACACCUGAUGUUUAGCACCUCUGGUGUUGACAUUCAUCCUCAGAUGUGUGUGAAGUUUUCUCUACAAGACAAACAUAACAUUUCCUGCCUUUACCAGAAUGAGAUACCUGGUUGGGAGGCAGAUGUUGGUCCAGGAAGGCAGAGCAUGGUGGUGCAUCUCACCUCCUCUGCUCCAGGGAACUUUUCAGCUCAGCUCUGUGUUCUUACUGAAGUGGGAUGCACACCGGUGGGGUCUGUCCACUCAGUAGCAAUGAAAAAUGUUUCCAAGAAAAGCAUAGAGGUCCCGGUUUACCUUAUUGAUGAGAAGCCCUGUGUUCAGGUGUGGAAAUCAGAUCUUAUUGGAAGAAGAAUUCUGUGCUUGGACUACACGCGCAACAGAAGUGGGACGUUUGCGGCGACAGCUUUCAUGUCUGCUGUUGUUCUUCUGCUUCUUGGAUUGGUUAUCCGGCGUGUCAUCAAAAGUGUAACUGAAGACUGGCUGGUUAUCCAGAGGCCGCUGCUGCUUGUGUGUUCAUCAGAUCAGUCCAUGCAUGUCUCUGCUGUCUGCGCCUUGGCCUCGAUCCUUCAUGGAAAGCUGGGCGCCACAGUGCACACGGCACUUUGGGCCCAAAGCUCCCAAAAGCCGUCUGAGAGCAGAGCUGGCGUGGCAGACCUGGGUCCAGUUCCCUGGCUGUAUGGACAGUGGGAAGCUGUCUGCAAGGCACAAGGAAAAGUGCUGAUCAUUUGGAGCCCUGAUGCCAAGAAGACCUAUGAGAGGUGGAGGCUGGAGAUGAGUAUGAACGGAAGAACUGCAGGGUCCAGAAAAGCAAAUACGAGACAUGAAAAAAUCAAAGCAGAGGAGGAAGAGCUUUUUAACAAUGACAUUAGAAAGGUGGGAAAAUGGAAAAAAGCAACAACAGCAGCAAGAAAAAAGGAUGUUGUUCAACUGUGCGAUGAAGAAGGCCGCUUCUCAGAGAAGAAGCCGUCUGCAGUGAUGGAACCUGUGUUUGUGGCGGCUCUGGCCUCUCUGGAAGGAACACUGCUGGGCUGCAAAAAUCAACAAGUUGCCAUUGUCUAUUUCCAGGGACUUUGCCACAGCAAGGACAUCCCAAAAGACCUUAGAGGCGUCUCUCGGUACUGUUUACCUCAAGAUUUCAGUGGUUUAGUGCAGGAGCUGGGGAUGGAGAGGGGUGAGCUCCAGUGGCCCAGACUCCUGUCUAAGCUGUUGUCGACGUGGCUGGCACGGCGGCUGGCUCGACGGCUGCAAACGCUGCUACUCCAGAUGAAAGGACAGAGCCUCUCGUCAUCGGCAAAAACGACAUCAGGCCAGAAACGGAGCAGGUUCAGGUUGCAGUUGGGAAGCGUACACGAGCAGGAGCUCCUUCGGGAGUCGCCAUGGAGAAGAGAGGAGCUUUGAUCUCAAGUUUCACGUGCCAGACUUUUUUUGUUACACUGGAAACAUGAUCCUCAAAGAAAUUGGAGCCCGUUCUACAGUUGAGCAUAUCAGAGGUAAUCAUUAUCACUUGUUUGCAUAACGAGGAGCGAUAAACACUGACCCAUCUCUUGAGUUUUGACUUUUGCGACUAAAGCCCCAGCUCAUUCUUAUCUCUGUAAAUGUCAGCCACCAUGGAGAUGAUCUUCCAAAUGAUAUUUUCUUUUUACGUUGAAAUGUUUUAAAUAACGUUGACAGCAAAGGUGACAAAAGUCACACAUGUAACUGUUUUUUUCCAUAGAAACCUGCCGAUUUGCAUAGGGCUUUCCAAACAGACCAAGCUGUCUCUAAAAUUAUUUUGUGGAAUGCCAGAGGCCAAAGAAGUGGCAAAAUGAUUAUUUACUAAGUAAAUUGUAAGUACUUCAGGGUUUUAUAGUAAAAACUUGCUACUUUACUACCACUCCGUUAAUGUUGCUGUUCGUCAGCAGCUGAGCUACUUUUGCACACGCUACUUUAAAUUAAACUUGAAGAAUUCAUGCUGCACCUCAGUCAGCACAUAAAAAUACUGUAAUAAAACAUCUGGGAAGGGAUCCAAGGCAAGUGUCAAAAAAAUAUAUCCAGGUCAGCUGUUGUAUACAGAAAUCUCAGAGCAUUAGAAGACGAAGGCCUCAACAGCGGUACUUUCCAUCACCUUUCCCUUUUACCUUCAUAAUACAAUUAAAGCCAACAGAAAAUGUUAUGCAAAGCAGCUUUAACCAUGAAACUGAUGAGCCUGUCUGGAUCUGUACACACAACUGCCUCUUUGGGAACAUAUUUGUUCAGUUCUCUGUUUGCACAGAGAUGUCUUUAUGUUGGUGUUGCAGGUGUUUCAAUGCAGAGCAAUGCAAAGAAGUUUGAAUAAAAUGUUCUUAAAUAAAUGA